GUAGCUAAUUGUCCUUAGUUCUUAAAUCAGUAGCUUUUUCUUAAAUAUAAGUAUAUGAUCGUGUCUUGUUUUUCAUAGCGUCUCUUGUUAAGUCAGUUUCUUUAAUGCAAGUUUAUGAUCGUUUUGUUUAUAUUCAAUAGCUUCUUCUCAUUCUAUGUUUGUUAUCUUGCAGUGAUAAUGUCUGACGCUGGAGCUGGAACAUCUCGGGGAGGGUCUCAAGGAGGACAACAAGCGGAUCCGGGAAGGAAGUAUGGAAUCAUGGUUAACAACAACAUCAACCACUGGAAGUGUAUCUUCUGCAACAAGGUGUUAACUGCUGGAGUUUCACGGUUGAAACAACACCUUGUUGGCGGGCACAAGAAUGCAAAGAAGUGUCCGGUCUGUCCAGAACAUGUCAGAGCUGAGCUGGGGAACUACAUGGCCGUAAGAGCUGCAGAAAGAGCUGCUCAGUCAAUGAGGUACGAAGCUGCAGUGAAUGAAGAUGAUGUGGAAGAGGUGGAUGGUGAUCAGCCAGUUCGUAAGGUUGCCAAGAGGAAGAACCGUGGUCCUUUGGACAAGUUCGUGAUGUCAUUGCCUCCAGACAUCCUGAAAGGAAGAAAGGAUAGGAAAGCAGUGUUUGGAGCUUCUGACAAAGAUUUAAGAGACAAAGUGUGUGGAGGCAUAGCAAGGUGGUUUUACGAUGCUGGGAUUGCUUUCAAUGCUGCCUCACAUGACAGUUUCAAGCAGAUGACAAAUCUAAUUGGGCAGUAUGGGAUGGGGUUAAAGCCUCCUUCGAUGUAUGAGCUACGGUUCCCGCUGCUUCAAAAUGAAGUAGCCAAUGUUGAAGCUGAGCUGGUUCCUAACAGAGAGGAGUGGGCAGUGAAAGGAUGCUCGAUCAUGUCUGAUGGAUGGCGCGAUUCCGUGGUGCAGAAAGACAUAGUGAACUUUCUGGUUAACUCACCAAAAGGCUCUGUGUUCAUCAGGUCAAAAGAAGUUUCUGAAGUCGUCAAAGAUGCUACGCUGCUGUUCAAGCUACUUGAUGAUAUGGUUGAAGAAGUUGCAGAGAAGAAUGUGGUUCAGGUUGUUACUGAUAAUGCCUCCAACUACGUGAAGGCUGGGAGACUUUUGGAAGCAAAACGUCCACAUCUGUUUUGGACUCCUUGUGCUGCACACUGCCUUGAUUUGAUGCUGGAGGAUAUUGGCAAGAUAGAGGCAGUGAAGAGUGCGAUGAAGAAGUGCAUGUUCAUCAAUGCUUACAUCUAUUGCCGUGUCCCACUUGUGAACAUGAUGAGGAGGUUCACAGAUCAAAGGAACUUGCAUAGGCCCGCUGUAACAAGAUUCGCAACAUCUUUCAUCACUCUGUCUCAGUAUCAUCGUCAGCAAGCUAAUUUGAAGAAGAUGGUGACCUCGGAGGAGUGGGACGAAUCGAAGUGGCCUAAGGAAGCAGGAGCAAGGAAGCUGAAGCAGUAUAUUCUUCAAGAGAGCUUCUGGAGGAACAUUGCUUAUGCGUUGAAGAUAAGCUCUCCAUUGGUGAAGGUGCUUCGGAUGGUUGAUGGUGAGAGGAAGCCACCGAUGGGGUACAUCUACGCUGCUAUGGAUAGGGCGAAAGAAGCUAUUGCUAAAAGCUUCAAAGGGAAGAAAGAGAAGUAUGAGAAGGUGUUUGAGAUGAUAGACAAGCGAUGGGACUGUCAGCUUCAUCAACCACUUCACGCUGCAGGUUAUUUCCUCAAUCCAGCUAUUCAUUACGGACAUGUUGCUGAUGUUUGUUGUGAGGAAGUGGAAACUGGACUGUACCAGUGCAUCACAAGGUUGGUUCGAGACAGUGUGACUCAAGACCGAAUCAUGGUAGAGCUUGAAGUGUUUAAGAAUGCUAGUGGACUCUUCGGUCUUCCCAUGGCCAUUAGGCAGAGAGAGUUGAAGUCACCAGCUGAGUGGUGGUCAAGCUACGGGAGUUCAGCUCCUAAUCUUAGAGAUUUUGCUGUUAAGGUCCUAAGCCUAAUGUGUAGUGCAUCAGGCUGUGAAAGAAACUGGGGAGUCUUUCAGCAUCUUCAUACCAAGAGGAGGAACAUAUUAGCUCAAAGCCGAUUGAAUGACAUGGUGUUUGUCAAGUACAAUCGUGCUUUGCAGCUGAGGAUGAAGAGAAACGAUGCAAAGGAUCCAAUUCUAUUGGAUGAAAUAGAUGAUAGCAACGAGUGGUUGAUGGGAAAGAUGGAUGGAAACUCUUCCAACGAUGAAGAUGAUGAUUUCGUCCAUGAUGAUGAGGACCUGACUUGGACCAUGGUGAGUGAGGCAGUAGGAGCUGAAGAGCCAAACUACACUACUAGAGGAGCAAAGACUCCUACUUCAGCUAAGAACGACAAAGGAAAAGGAAUAGCAAGCUCUUCAACUCAGAAGAAACGCUAUGGUCCAUCACCUUCUCAGUUGGAGUUGGUUGAUGAAGAGGAUGACAUUGAAGGCGAGGAAGGUGUUGGCUAUGACAGGGAAUUGGAGUAUGAGGAUUCUGAAUCGGAGUAGAGCUUUGUCUACUGGUGUUUCAUUUGCUUUUGAAUUUGGUUUUUUUAAUUUGGUGUUUGCAUUUGGUAUUUUCAGUUGUGUUUUGCUCUAUGAACCUUUGAAUUUUAUUAUAUGGAUUUGGUUUUUUUA